AUGAAUGGAAUUCCACUUCACAAGAUGAAUUGGGGAGCUUAUGGGAACUCUCAAGUCAAACUAAAUGAAAAUGAAAAAAUCAAAGCCAGAAAUAGCAUUCAAAAUUUAAAUAGAGAUUCCGUUAAACUUAAAGACUUGUGCUCAGAAGAUAAAUUUAAAAUCGGUGAGCUUGCAAAAAAACUGUCAGAUGAGAAGAAAAGUAUGAAAGCAAUAGAAGCUAAACUUACUAAAGAGCAGAAAAAAGUUGAAUUUGAGCUUCAAGAAGCAAUGAAUGAUAACAAAAGAAUAACUACUGAGAUGAAACAACUGAAGAAUGGAUUUGACGAAUCCUUAGGCCAAAUUAAGCAGUUUAUUCAAAUGAAAAGGUGCUCAUUAAGCCCUAUAAGGCACUCAAGAAAUAUUAGUUCCAUGUCAGAUUAUACAUUCAAUCAAAAUCCAUUUAAGGUUAGAAACCAUGAAUCGGAAGAGCAAAUUCGAUCAAAAACACCAACUUUACCUCCAAGGGCUAAUACCUCUUGUAAUACAAGUUUUGAGUCUGAAAGAAGAUUGUUUAAUGCUUCAAGUUUAUAUGAGAAAUCAGAUACUAUAAGAUGCACAACGCCAUCAACAGAAACCUCUUUUUCAUCUUUAUCUUGUCAGAGUACUUCAACUCAAACUUCUUACGAUAAAAUAAUUCAAGUAAAAAUUAGUCCUUAUCAAAGCCAUAAUAAGCAAACUGCGGGCAUUAAACAGUCCACUGCCCUGCGAGAAGUCAAAAACCUUCAAAAUGAUUUGUUCAAUCUUUCCAAAGGGGUGAAAGAUCUAAAAUCUAAUUGUGUAGACUUCAUCAAAUCAUCAAACUCAUAUAAUAGCCAAGCCAACAGAAAUAUUUUCAAGCCUUCAGAAUUUUUCCAGUCUUUGGGACUCUCAAAUAAGAAUCAAAAAUUGCCAAUAGGAUCCGAUAAAGAGAAUAUUUUUGCUUCUAGGCAAAAUAGUUACAUAUAUGAAACAGUCGGCAAUCCUAAAAAUAAAGGAAAAAAGCAGGAAGAUAUAGAUGUUAUUUCUAUUGAUGAUAAGUAUUAUGAUGAUCAGCUUUUCAAAGUCUUAGAAGAAAUUGAUAAAUAA